GAGCCAAGCUUUCCGGUAACAAGGCAUUUAGGGUUGUGGUUUACGAGUCCGAAGUCUUGUCAACCUGUUCGUUUCUGUCAAGAGUUUUUUCAUUUAAGCAAUCUAUUAUACAGUCCUUUGGGAUUGGAUGUCCGUUUGCUUGAAUUAUUAACGACUGUUCAUUGUGUUGGCUUGCGUAUAUAAACAUUCACAAAGCAGGUCGUUUGUAACAUACAUCAAGGCGACAGAAUCAAACAUGCAGGGGAAUACCAGGCUCUGGAAAUAUAGAAAUUAUUUCACUGCAGUGUUAUUGAUUUAUAACUCAAUUUAUAUUAGAGCACAAGGAAACCAAUGCCCACUGAAAUCAACUUGUCGAGAAUGUAUCCAGUACUCAGAUGCUGAAUGUACUUGGUGUUCAGAUGUGGACUAUACCAAACAAACAUCGCCAUUAGAAAGAUGUAAUUCAAUGGCUAAACAUAAACAGCAGAACUGUUCAAAUAUUAUUAAUCCUUUAUCUAAUGCAACUGCUACUAAGAAUGAGGAUUUAACAAAUACAACAAAAGUUAAACCACAGGAAGUUGUUAUUGCACUUAGGCCAGGGCAAAAACGAGAAUUUGAUAUAUCAGUUCGAACACCAGAAAAUUAUCCAGUUGAUGUCUAUAUGUUGAUGGAUAUGUCGUAUUCAAUGAAAGACAAUUUGAAGUCUGUUGAAACGCUAGGGCUUGAUCUAGGCAAAGAAAUGCUCAAUAUCACAUCUAGAUUUCGUGUUGGUUUUGGUACAAUGGUAGAUAAACCAAUGCUUCCGUUUUCUCAGUCAUCUGAAAGCUACUGGAUUAAACAAGGGCAAAAAGACAAAACCCGGCCUUUCUCGUCUCCCUGGGUGUUUAGGAAUGCAUUGUCAUUGACUGAAAACACGGAUGAGUUUGAGGCAAGUGUAAAGUCUUCAAAUUUGUCGGGCAGUAUUGACGGUCCAGAUGGUUGGGUCGAUACUCUAAUGCAAGUUGCUGUUUGUGAGAAAGCAGUAAAUUGGUCUCCAAAGGAGAGCGCAAGACGACUGGUUGUUAUUACAACUGAGGCAGACUUUCAUAUCGCCGGAGAUGGCUUGUUAGGAGGCUUGGUUCAACCUAGUGAUGGAAGGUGCAAGUUGGGGAGCGGUGAUACGUAUUUUGGUAAAGAGACGGACUAUCCCUCAAUAUCUUAUCUUCGUAAAGUGUUAUUAGAUAACAGCAUUGUUCCAAUUUUUGCCGUCGAUAGUACUUCUAUAGACAUCUACAAGAGAGUGGCCAGGUACUUUGGCAGACAGAUUGGUUCCGAAGCUGGUAUACUUUAUGACAAUUCAACCAAUAUCGUACAACUGAUUCGCAAUACGUACGAGAAAAUUGGUACAACUCAAACUGUUUUCCAUAACGAAGAAGAUACCAAAGACCUCAAAAUUGAAUACACUGCACAUUGUUUAAAUGGUAGUUUUCCAGGCACAACAUGUGAGAACGUCGCCAUUGGAGAGACGGUAAGAUUCACCGUUUCUGUGUCGUUAGAAAAAUGUCCAGCUGGUGGAAUGGGAUACACCAAAUUUUUUAUAACAACAGCUCUUGGUGAUAAAAUUCCUGUUAAAGUGACCUACCUUUGUGAUUGUGAUUGCACAAAUAUGACCGUUCAUAACUCGACGGAAUGCAGCGAACAAGGCUCCUUGACUUGUGGAGAUUGUGUAUGCAACGAUGGAUAUCUUCUUGAUAAGUGUGAUUGUCCUGAUUCAAGAAUAGACGAACACAAUGAAAAAUGUAGAGCAUCAAAUUCGUCGAGUAUAUGUAGUAAUGCAGGCAGAUGUUAUUGUGGGAAAUGCGAGUGUGACAAAAGAAAGGAGGCUGGUGAAGGUCGCUCAUAUGGCGAAUUUUGUCAAUGCAAUGAUCAGCUUUGCGAGUCCGAUGAAAAAGGACAAAUUUGUGGUGGCGAGGAACGAGGAUAUUGUGAUUGUAAUAAGUGCAGUUGUUUCCCUGGCUGGGAGGGCCCGUCUUGUAGCUGUCGCAAUGUAACCACGGCGUGUAUACAGAAUAAUGUGACAUGUUCUGGGCGUGGUCAAUGUGAAUGUGGGCUGUGUAUUUGUGAACCAAAGUUCUCCGGAACGUUCUGCGAGACCUGUGACGGUUGUAUAAAAGGCUGCUCGUAUUACAAGGACUGUGUGCGUUGUAAGAUAUAUCAAACUGGACCAUUGACUGGAGACUGUGAGAAGAGUUGCAAUGCCACAAUAACCAAAGUAGAUAACGUCGAAUCACAUGAAGGUCAGGGUACUACUUGCGUUGAAAUUGACGAUGAUGACGAUUGCACAUUCUCGUAUGUACUCAUUGAAGGAAGUGAAAAAGUUCAAAUUUACGCUGAAGAAGAGAAAAGAUGUCCUCGUGAAGAGGGUUAUCUAUUAAUUAUUAUUGGAGUUAUCCUGGGAAUCGUCGCUAUCGGAGCUGCUUUACUGUUAAUUUGGAAAUUGCUGGCAACUAUACAGGAUCGUCGAGAGUUCGCCAAGUUUGAACGUGAGCAGCAAAACGCGCGCUGGGACACAAGUGAAAACCCAAUCUUCAAACAGGCCACGACGACAUUCCAAAAUCCAACCUAUGGUGGCAAGGGCUAGACCACUUCAUUGACAAUGGUUGCUAGGCUUAUACUCAACAAAUAAAAUUAAAUGUGUAGGCGUUUUAGGUUCGAUGUUAGCGAUCAUCCGAUCCUAAAGGAAAAGACAGUGAGCUUGGAGUAGCGCAGAUGGGUUUUAGUAUAUAAUGAUUGUCUUGCAUAGAGAAGUUUUAUCGUAAAUUUUUAGCAUUUUUUAGUUUUGUAAUAAGUAAAUAGCAAUAAGUGAGUGUUUUCUCUGUU